CUACUGGGUUUUAAGGUCAAAUAGUGGUAACCCUUAAUCAAUGCUCUUGUUGCUAAUACAGGUCUUUGGGUAUUAGAGUUUUUGCUUAUUCGAUUAAGCCUUAAGAAUCAAAUUUGAUCGUUUUCCCUUUCAUGAAGAUAAGCUCUAGAGUUAUCAUAUUCCUCACUCCUUACCCAUUAUUCACUUAUUAUCGUUUAUAGUCAUUUACAGCGCUGAUUAUAGAAAGGAAAGAAAAAAAAUGCUUAGCCAAAAUGUCGCCAAGUCGACGGCGCCGUCGUACUACAUGAUCCGAACCAACCUUCCAAAUCGGAAGCCGCUCAAUCAAUGGGAAGGAGUUUACUAUUUUAGCGGGAUCACCAAACGACAACAACACGUUCUCCUUCUCCAGCGUAAGCGCAUGCAAAUGGCGUAUAUACAGCGCUUUAAUGAGUCCCGCGCUGUGCUCUCGCAGAAACUGGAAGAACGGCCAUGGAUCUUUCAAACCCAACCCGAACAUCAGGAGCGUUUUUUGCUUAAAGAAGGCGAAACCUUCAACAGGACUGUGGAGGAGGCCUUCGCGUUGGCGUGUGGGCUUGCGCGCCAUGGGAUGCACCUCGAGGCCGCACAAUGUGUGGAGUCCCUCCACUUUUCACGCCAUCUCACCGUUGAGCAAUACGUGCGGCUUAUCGAUAGUCUCGCGGGGGAUAUUCUGCAGGAGAGGGUCCUCCACACCGACGCCAUGAGCGAUCCGGCGUUGACAUUUAAACUGAUGGGCGAUGAGGCCGGCGAGGCGCGCGUGCGCGAAGCAUAUCGCUGGUAUGAAUGGGGAAUGGAUUUACUCCGCGAGGAGGUCCAUCGGCGAGGGGGAACCUCCCUGGGGAAAAAAACCGCCGCGGCCUCGCAGCUGAUGAACGCCCUAAUGCGUGUUUCCCUCACCGGAGGGUAUACCCACGUCGUCGCGGUGGCAAAUACAUUAUACGACCAAAUGGGGGCCCAUGGCAUCCACCCGACGAUGACCACCUACGAGCUGGUGGUGCUUUCCCUCGCCCUGCAAGGUCGCCACGUCGAGGCGGAGGAUAUCGCGCGUUUUCUCCAUCACAACCACAGCGAUCAAAUUACGAUUGCGAUCUACGACGCCCUUCUAAUUGGCCAUCGCGAGGCCCGCGCGUUUGACCGAUGCGAUCGGCUCUGGCAGGAGUUAGUGGAUCGCCGCUGGCCGCGUGCAAAGCCUCGGACGGCGGAGAUUUACCUCCGCAGCAUCGUCGACCACGCGAAUACCUCGGUCAGUGAGCCACACCAGCGCUUUGGCAACCUCAACGUGGUGGAGAAAAAAAAAUCCCGAUGGUGUUGUCCCAGCUGGAUGAGCUCGGCAUCCCCCGCACGCACCUCUCUCGGCCCCUCCUGGACGAGAUCGAGGACGCGCUGCGGAAGUUCUCGAUCUACCAAAACCGCUUCUACGAGUGGGGGCGGGCGGUGA